AUGCCAGCGGUUAGCAGCAUCGCCCAUGAAAAGGCACCUGGUCCUGUUUCUUCCUCUAAUAGGGCUGAAAUUUCAAUUGAGACGAAAGCUUCUGGCCGCGGGUGGCGUUUCUGGGCGAUAUUCGCCAGUCUAGCUCUUACGGCCUUCUUGAGCUCCCUCGAAGGAUCUGUUGUUGCAACUGCCCUGCCUGCUAUUUCUCGUGCCAUCAACGCUCAAGCAGACUAUGUUUGGAUUGUCAACGUCUACUUCCUCACCAGUGCGGCUGUGCAACCCCUCUACGGUCAGCUAGCAGACCUUUGGGGCAGACGAUGGCUGACAAUUGGCGCCGUGGCUCUUUUCACCUUGGGCAGCGGUAUCUGCGGUGGCUCCAGUACGUCUAAUAUGCUCAUCAGCGGGCGAGCGGUACAAGGUCUGGGAGCAGCAGGUAUUAAUAUGCUUGUCGAGCUAAUCUUGGUUGAUCUGCUCCCUUUGAGAGACCGCGGAAAAUUCCUUGGACUCAUGUUUGUCUUUAUUGUUUUGGGUUCUGUCACCGGUCCAUUCAUCGGUGGCAUCCUCGUGGAGCGUGUCUCCUGGCGAUGGUGCUUCUAUCUUAAUCUGCCAUUUGGUGGAGGAUCGCUGAUCCUUUUAUAUCUGCUUCUUCGAAUAGAGCAUGAGAAGCUUGACGAAUCCACGAUGGACAAGAUCAAGAAGAUUGACUUUAUCGGUCUUCUUAUUCUCUGCGGAUCAAUAUCGUCCCUUCUCUUCGCCUUGACAUACGGAGGGACUCGGUACGAAUGGUCCCAUCCAACCAUUGUUGUCACCCUCAUUAUGGCGUUGUUGGGCGUUGUUCUGUUGAUAGGUUUCGAAGCAUCGCCACUUUGUCCGCAGCCUAUGAUACCGUUGGUCUUAUUUGCCAACAGAACAUCUGCAGCUGGGUUCAUUGCAACAUUCAUACAAACGAUCAUUUCAUAUUGGGUCUUAUAUUUUAUCCCCGUCUACUUCCAGUCGACUCUAUUGGUUUCUCCCUCGCGUUCAGGCCUUCAGAUUCUGCCAUUCUCUUUUCUCUAUUGCUUCUCAGCUGCUAUUGGAGGAGGAAUCGUUUCGAAGCUCGGCCGGUUCAAACACGUGCAGAUCUUUGGUUUUGCACUUAUCACUAUCUCACUAGGCACGUUCACUAUCUGGGACCGCAAUACCUCCACAGCCGUGUGGAUGGUGACUCAACUCCUUUGUGCCUUUGGGAUGGGCGUGGUUACACCCUCCUUGUUAACUACAAUCCAAUCCGAACUCCCACCAGCCCUCAACGCGGCCAGCACAGCUACUUUUGCAUUCGUACGGAGUGUUGGAACCAUCUUUGGGGUGAGCAUUCCGGCCGCAAUAUUCAACAAUCGAUUUGAUACACUUCUGCCAGGCUUACACGACGAUGUGGCCCAGUCAAGGCUGUCUCGUGGCCAGGCAUAUGAACAGGCAUCGCCGACGCUUGUCGAUUCCUUCCCGAUGAUACGUGACGCUAUCAUAACAUUGUACGAGCUGAGCCUGAGAAGGGUUUGGCAGGUCGCGAUUAUCUUUGCCGGAGUGGGCUUUUUGGCGGUCCUGUUUGAGAGAGAUUUGCAUUCGAAUCUAGAUGAAGAAGUCGAUCAGGCCGCUUUGUUGAACGAUGAUGAUAACGAGACGGGUGCACAAGAGACGAAAGGAGGCAAGUCCUGGGCUGACGUGGAGCGUAGGUGGAUAAUGUGGGAGCAAGAGAUGCCAGGAUGGCGAAACAGUGGUUUCAUGGGCCGGAUACAUCUUGAUCCUUCAUACCGUCUCAAUACCCCGCCAGAUAUGCGCAAGGCUUACUUUAGGAAUUCAUGUUAG